AGCUUUCUUCUUCUUCUCUCCUGAUACUUGUUUCAUGAUUGACCGAAUCACCAUUAAAGUUUCUCUCUUUCUCCCUCUCCUCGCGCGUGAAUCCGCUAAUCCAUAUCUUCAGUCUGCACCAUUGACGCCGAUCUUUUUCUCUCGCUCUCUGGAAUCUCAAGUUUUACCCUUCUGAAUGUGGGUUUUGCGAUAACGUUCACGUCUGCUAAAACUAAAGCAAACCCAGAAAGCAAUCAUCGUCGCCGCGGGAUUUGUGAGAAUUACUAUUUCUGAUUAUUAGGGUUUCAUAUCUGUAAAAUCGCUAUUCUGAAGAGAAAUAUCACGUUGUUAUUUUAAAUCGGAUGCUUUGGAUUUCGUUUGUCUUUGAUUUUCAUAGCUUGGUCCGAUUCCCGUUCCAUGAUUUGUGAUCUUGAUCUUCGGUCUAAACUAGUUUCAUUAAUUAAGAUUUUAAAUUUUACACAGAAGAUAGAGAUUGACUACUGCUUGAAUCGAGAUUAACAGAGGCAGAACCAGAUAAAGAAGACACAAAUCAAAUUUAGCCAGUUUUGAAUAUCUUCAGUCUGUGGAGAACAUCAGGACAUUGGAUAAGUAUGUCUACAGCUACUGAUUGCUCAUUUCCGUUUAGUACUCUAGAGAUUAUACACAAUAAGGAUAACGUGAAUGCAAAAGAAGACAAGAUUUGUCUGAAUCAAAUGACAAAUGUGAAACCUCUUCAAUCAACUAGCUCUGCUACUACAACUGAGAUGGAUGAUGAACUCUGUCCCACUGAUGUGAAGUCAACUUCAAUUGAAAAUUUGCAUUUCACGCCUGUAUUUCUUUCAGGGAGUUGUGCUGAGAAGGGAUCCAAGUUGUUCAUGGAGGAUGAGCACAUAUGUAUUGAUAAUCUUCAUCAACAUUUGGGUACAUCUAUAGAUUACCCAUCUCCUGGGGCAUUCUAUGGUGUUUUUGAUGGCCAUGGUGGGACUGAAGCAGCAGUAUUUGUUAGGAGGAACAUCUUGAAGUUCAUUGUUGAGGGAUCAGAUUUUCAUGUUUGCUUGGAAAAAGCAAUUAAAAAUGCUUUUAUAAAGGCUGAUUAUGCAUUUGCAGAUGAUAGCUCUGUUGAUAUCUCUUCAGGCACCACUGUUUUGACUGCUCUUAUCCUUGGAAGAAGAUUAGUGGUUGCAAAUGCAGGUGAUUGUCGGGCAGUUCUUAGUAAACGAGGCAAAGCAAUCGAUUUAUCAAACGAUCACAAGCCAAAUUGCCCAACCGAGAGGCUAAGAAUCGAACAACUAGGCGGUGUUGUACACUUUGGUUACCUUAACGGCCAGUUAUCAGUUUCUCGUGCAAUUGGAGACUGGCACAUGAAGGGCCAUAGAGGUUCUCUUAGCCCCUUAAGUCCCGAGCCAGAGAUAAAAGAAACAUUCUUGACUGAAGAAGAUGAGUUCCUUAUAUUGGGUUGUGACGGUUUAUGGGAUGUAAUGAGCAGCCAGGAGGCUGUAACAAUGUCUAGAAAAGAAUUGAUGUUGCAUAAUGACCCUGAAAGAUGUGCUAAACAGCUGGUUAGGGAAGCGCUCAAGAAGAAUGCAUGCGAUAAUCUUACGGUUGUGGUGGUUUGUUUUUCGGAUGAUUUUCCAUCUAUAUCGCAAUCUCGAGAUUGUAAAACUUUGUUUUCUGGAGGGUUGGGUUUCUUAAAGGUUUCUUAAUUACCAUUAUAAUGUUUUGAGGAUGUAGUUUAACUUAUGUUCACUAGAAUUUCCUUUAUAUGCCUUUGAGAAAUAUUACAUUCUCAUUGUAUUAUAGUAUAAUUUACUUUGUUUUCUUUGUACAUCAUUAUUUCCUU